AUGGAUGUGGAAACUUCGCGAACCGAACCCGAAUCCCGAACCUAUUACAGACGAAUUCGGUGGAUAUUGUCGCUGCGUGUGAUAGUAACUCGCAGACAGCACAAAGAAACAGCUGAACGCUUCAAGGUCCCGCAUGUCUACCAAGACGCUCAUGAAAUGCUUGACACCGAAGCAAUUGACGUGCUAUACUCUAUCGUACCGGCGUAUGUGCGAACCAAUGUUGAAGUAACCGCCGCACAAAAAGGGAUCCACAUCUUCAGUGAAAAGCCGCAGGCACUCACGAUGCAGGUUGCCCACCGAAUCAAUAAUGCUAUUCAGCAAGCGGGGGUUAUCAGCACCGUUGGGUUUCGCGAACGGUAUCGUCCGAUCUUCCAAGAGGCUCGCCAAUAUUUGACGGACAAGCGCAUCGUGCAUGCCCGAUUUCAGAGUUUCGGAGGCUUACCACCUUCGACAGAGGGUGGAGCCAAAACAUGGUGGGAAGAGAUGGACAAGUCUGGGGGAAGUGCCCUCGAUUGGGGUGUUCAUGCAACCGAUUAUACCCGCUUCAUGACAGGAUUGAACGUUGCCAAAUCCCAAGCAUUUUAUUGUGAACGCCCGGCUUAUGCGAAUGCUCUGUCUACCAGUUUCAAUUACUGCUUUGAGAACGGUGCUACGAUGACGCUUAGCUUUGUCGCCGCCGGUCCGGGUCCGAAAAAUGAACCGCGGUUUACUAUUUUCUAUGAAGGUGGAUGCCUCGAAAUUCACGGAUACGAUAGGAUUGUGGUAAAUGGCGAGGUCCUUUAUCAAGCCGACGAAUUCGAUCCGUGGUUGGAACAAGAUAAGACCUUUAUCCGCGCCGUUCAGUCUGGGGAUGCAAGUCUUUUGCAAAGUGAUUAUUACGAUGGGCUCUUCUCUUUAGCCCCUAUUUUAGCAGGUUGGGAGUCUUCCCGGCGUGGUGGAGAAUGCAUUGAUAUCGCGUCGUUCAUGGAUGACGCAUAG